AUGCGCUUCACAACCUACGCCGCCGCGAGCGCCCUGGCUGCUCUUGCCAAGGCUCAGACAUUUACUGACUGCAACCCCAUGGAGAAGGCGUGCCCGAACAACCCGGCGAUGCCUGAGACCUUCGAGACUGACUUCACCACCGGCAAAGACGCCUUCAAGGGCUGGAAACAGACAGCCGGUGCCCUCACAUACAACAACGAGGGUGCGGUGUUCACAGUCGCGAAGAAGGGCGAUGCCCCUACUAUCGGCUCCGAGUCCUUCUUGCACUUCGGCUAUGUCGAGGUCAAGAUGAAGGCGGCGCCCGGUCAGGGUAUCAUUUCUUCAAUUGUCCUUCAGUCGGACGACCUGGACGAGGUUGACUGGGAAUGGAUCGGUGGAGUCGACUCAAAGGUCCAGAUGAACUACUUCGGCAAGGGAAAUACCACCACCUACGAUCGCAUGAUUGAGGCGGACGUUGGAAGCACCCAAAACGAGUUCCACACCUAUGCUCUCAACUGGACAGCAGAGUCCCUCACAUGGCUCAUUGAUGACAAGCCCAUGCGCACUCUCAACUACGGCGACGCCAACGGUGGUAAGAACUUCCCCCAGACUCCCUGCAACGUCCGUCUUGGCAACUGGCCUGGAGGCGACUCCAAGGACAAGGGUACCGUGGAGUGGGCUGGCGGCAAGGUCGACUACACCAAGGGCCCCUUCGACAUGACCGUUGCUAGCAUCAAGGUCAUCAACUACUCCCCCGGCACCGAGUACCACUGGAAAGACAAGAGCGGUUCCUUCGGCUCCAUCGAGGUAAUCGGCGCUGGCAACAAGGACGGCGCUCCCCAGAACACCGCUGUCCUCGACGCCACUGCAUCUGCCACCGGCACCGGCGCCCCUCUCGAGUCUGGCUUUGCCGCACCCUCAGCUACCGGCUUUUCUAACGGCACAUCUACCUGCACCGAGGAGAAGGGAGCCACCCCCGCGCCCUCCACCCCCAGCAAGACCAACGGCUCAGGCGGAAACUCCGACUUCAACUACCCCGUCAGCACCCCCGCUGGCUCCGCCAACACCGGCGGCAGCGGCUACGGCACUGGAAACAGCACCUCGGGCGACGCCCCCUGCGACUGCGGCACCGCAGUCGUGACCGUCACCGGCACACCCCCCGCCACUGCCACCGCCGUCCCCAGCACCCCGGCCUCCUCCCCCGUUCUUGGCGGCGUCGGCAGCACCCCCGUCUCCACGCCCCUAGGCACCACCGCCACGCCGCCCUCGACCCUCAGCACCGCCGUGUCUUCCUACGUAGCCUCCUCCGGGCUCCUCAUCGAGACCGCGCCCGCGCCCGAGGUCCCCGCACCCUCUCCCGCCCCCGUCCCCGCGCCCGUACCCUCGGUCGUCGCGCCGCCCGCGGGCGGAAACGCAACGACGCCCACGACAUCUGCGCCCGCGCAGUUCACCGGCGCCGCGAGCUCCCACCGCGCCGGUGCGUGGAUCGCGGGCGCUGUGGCCGGCGUGUGGCUUUUCGCCUUGUAA